UUUUGAACACUGAGGCCCUGCUUUGUCUCCACAUCAGGAUUUCGUGAACCUUGCUGCUGCUGCUGCUGCACGUCUGGUUCCAGGUGUGUCGCUCUCCUCGAUGAGGUCAUGAAACUCGAUAUGAUCCACUUCCAGGGUUUAAUGAAGGGGGCGGUUACAGCUGGGCUCUGUGGGGGAGGACCGAUGGAGGAGGAGGAGACGGACACUCCCUCUGCCUCCUGCUUCACUUCACAGGGACGAGCCAGGAGAGGAGGCAUGGACACCAGGAGCGCCCUGACCAGAGGCAGGCUUUUAUUUUGAAACUUCUCUGGACCAAACCGCCACAGAGACACUUUUAAUUUUAGUUUUAUUUAUAGUGAAAAAAGAGAAAUCACCUGCUCGAUGAUGACGAAGAAUCCACUGAUGCUCUGGGUUGUCAUGGCGAUGGUGGCCGUCCAGGUGGAGGCAGCGCGCGUGGUGAGCGGUCAGACGGUGUGCGUGGGCGGUCCCGAGCGGCCCUGUUACAAGAUUGCGUACUUCCACGACGUGUCGAGCCGCGUCGCCUUCAACGAGGCGCAUCAGGCCUGCGAGAUGGACGGAGGAGCGCUGCUCAGCAUCGAGAGCGCAACGGAGCAGAGAGACAUCGAACACCUGCUGCAGGAGCUGCGUUCGGGCGCGGUAGGUGGUGCGGGAGGAGGCGGAGGCAUAGCAGACGGGGACUUCUGGAUCGGGUUAACUCGGGCAGACGGAGUCGAUCAGACUCCCUCAGAACUCAGCAUUGCCUUCACUUCCUGUCCGAAGCUCUACCAGUGGACCGAUGGCAGCGUGGCCUCCUUCAGGAACUGGUACUUUGAUGAACCGUCCUGUGGAGGCGAGGCCUGUGUCGUCAUGUACCAUCAGCCAACUGCGCCUUCUGGUCUGGGCGGGGCUUAUCUCUACCAAUGGAACGACGACCGCUGCAACAUGAAACACAACUUCAUCUGCAAAUAUGAGCCAGAGAGCCAUCUUGUGAAGGAACAUGGUGACACACCUGGUGGGCGGGACACAGUGACUGCAGGUGGAGGUGGAGGUGUGGUCACGCAGCCUGCAGGCAGUGAAGACAUUCCACCCGAGGUCACUAUGGCCGGAGCUUCAGGCAUGUUGCUGCUGUACAUCGUCAUCCCCACAAUCCCCCUGCUGCUGCUCAUCCUGGUGGCUUCUGCAACGUGUUGCUUUCAGAUGCUCAGCAGAAGUCAUUCCCGCACCAAGACCCCUGCUGACCAAUCAAACCUGUGGAUCUCCAGGAAUCCCAAACCUGACAGCAUGGAGGUCUGACAUCACAGUGACAUCACAGAACACUGUCAGCAGAGCAGAGGGGUGACAUCACUCUACAGUCAAACCAAUCAGUUGUCUUCACAGACAAGCGUUGAAGUCAUCAUAGACUCUUUGAUUUGUAUCACACAUUUCCUGUUUGUUACUGUUUUCUUUUCUUCCUCCUUUUUUUCUUUCUCUCGUCCCUCUUUCUUCUGUCCUCUCCCACCUACUCCUCCCCUCUGUCCUCCUUUUCCUUCCUUCCUGCGUCCUUCUCCUCCUGUUUCAGUCACCCAGACGUUCCCGUUUAAUUAACUGAUGUAGUUCACGAUGUCAAAAUUGUAGUUUCAUUGUGUGGUUGAAGAAAUCCUUCGCCGACAGUCUUAAUGUAUAACAUAGAGUUUAUUUACAAAAAAGACAAUGUCAUAACCGAUGCUUUGUAGAGCCAUCGGGGGACAGGAGGCCCAAUCUUCCUAACUCCCCUGAACAAAGGAGAAACAGACAUUAUAUAGUGUUAGCAACCCCCACAUCCUGCCUUUCCAUAUAUGGUUAAGAAAACAGCUCCAGCCUCCUAACCUAUAGCUGAACACCUGGACAAUCCCUUAUAUGGAAAGCCAGAGAUCCUACAAGGACAUUCUAUACAUUCCUUCUGUGGGGGAAGUUUAAAUCACAUCUCCUUUGCCUGAACCUUUAAGGAAAGAGACAAUACAUACAUUCCAGUAAAGACUUUGAGAAAGAGACAACAUAUGCAUACAUAGAAUUUUAGCAUAGCAGUACAAACACCAUAUAUAGUAAUUUCUGAAAAACCAGGUAUAUCUUAUUUCCUGCAUGUAUGUGGGGUCAUUCUCUUUUUUGGAGAGAGCAACAACAGGUUACACUCUCUCAUACCAUUUACUCCUAAAGGAGAAAACCUAAACAUAAAUGCAGUUUAACACACAAUUUAACACACAGAUCGAUCAGACACCACACUGAGUAAAUUGAAUGAAGUUAAUGAGGGAGGGGAGCUAUCAGCAGCUGAGAGGAAAUGAAGCAACCCCUCGGGGGGUGGAGUCACAGCAGGGGUGCGUUUGAGUUCAGAGGAGCUGAUGGAGUAGCUGCCCGUGGGGACGGGGGGUGUUAACAGAGAGCGUUAAAGGGUCGUUUCAGAAAUUAAAAAAGGGGGGCGGAGCUCAAAGCGGUGAAACUAGAAUGACUUGAUCACUUCCUCAAUCACUUCCUCCGAUCAUUGAUUAGCUGUUCAGUCUUCAGGUGUCUAAAACAUUCUCUUUCUGAAUCUCAGCAUAAGGCUCCGCCCCCAAACACCAUAUUAACCAUAAAUGCUGCAAAGAAGCCACAGAGAGGCCCUGAUCUCUUCAGCCAAUCGCAACGUCCUCUGGCAGUGACCAAUCACUAAUCAAUCACUGAUCCAUGGAUGGAUCAUCAGUUCUGCUGAAUGUGACUCACAGUGAUGACCUGCAGGUAAUGGUCGCUGUCACACAGGUGAGUGUCAGGUAGGACCGUUUCUUCUCGCUGAGUCUGAGCUGGCGGUCUCAGAGCGACACCACCUUCAACGCAAACAACUCACAUCCAUAAAAACGUGAAUGGUUAGAGCAGUGCUUCUCAAUUAUUUUCUGUUACGCCCCCCCCUAGCAAGAAGAAAACUAU